UUUAUAAUCCGGACUCGAUUUUUGAAAAUCCCUAAAAAUUCUCUCAUUCACCCUGUCCGGACCGAAAAGUAGGCUAGGAUAGCAUUUCUCGCAUACACAGUGAGAAAGGGGAGCUGCGUAUGACAAUGGCGAGCACUUCCACUUGGUUUAGUUUAACGCCUUUGUCUACGUGUUUAGUUCAGAACAACAGAGCUGGAGCUACAGCAAAACGGUUCGUUUCGUGGUCGAACGAGUUUUGCCACCCAAGGCUGUCUUGGUCUUACUCAGUCUCGUUGAGGCCUGCGAGCAAAGCUAGGGCUUCAACGGUCUUGUCAGUUGUGGGUGAAGAGAAAGCAGGAAGCGAGGAAAAUAUCGUGAACUCCCUACACGACGGCGUAUUGGUUCCGGGAUGGAAGCAGUCGCAGUCAAGCUCAAGACCUUGUGAGCUUUACGUGUGUAAUCUCCCGAGGAGUUGUGACAUUGCCGAGUUGCUUGACAUUUUCAACCCUUUCGGAACAGUACUAGCUGUUGAGAUUUCACGGAAUGCUGUGACCGGUGAAAGUCGGGGAUGUGGUUAUGUUACAAUGAGUUCAAUAAACGCUGCAAAAGUUGCAAUUGCCGGAUUAGAUGCAUCUGAUGUUGGUGGCAGAGAAAUGCGGGUUAAAUUUUCUGUUGAUAUGAGUCCUAGGAUGAGGAAUCCUGAGGUAUUGAAUUCCAUACCCAAGAAACAGAUAGUAUAUGAAAGUCCUUACAAGAUAUAUGUGGGAAAUCUUCCUCGGGCUGUUAAACCUGAAGAUUUGAGGAAUCAUUUUAGCCAGUUUGGAACUUUGGUUAGUGCAAAAUUGUUGCAUGAUCAAAAAGCACGAACAACCCGUUGUUAUGGGUUUCUCUCCUUUUCUUCAGCUGCAGAACGUGAUGCAGCAUUAUCUUUAAAUGGAACAGAGUUCUUUGGUAGAGCACUAGUAGUUAGAGCAAGUGUGGAAAGGACCAAGCCCUGACUGGAGUUUUGCCCUGCUGCAUACACGCUUGAUUGAAGUUUCUUCUGUUAAAGAAAUCGGAUGAUUUGGAGCACCUGUUUCAGUUGAGACAUAUAGGCAGAAUAGGUAAGUUUCCAUAUGUGUACCAAAUGACAAAGUUUGUAUACGAUUAAAGUUCUGUUGUUUAAUGUUAUUUCCUUUUCACCAAAAAGAAAAAGGUUUUGUUGUAUUUCAACUAUGCAUUAGUAAUGCCAAUGCGUAGUGUUCUUUUGGAGGUAAUGGUUGGUUUAUUUGAGUGAAUUUCAGCCAACAAUCGUAGGUUGAUCAAUCUUUGUGGACUAUCAUGUCUUAGAAUGAUCUCUUAAUUACUGGACUAGUAAUGAUUAUGAAAAUAUAUCUUUUGUGUGUUUGAUUA